CUGGUCUGAAAAUGGAUGAAAUUGAUGUUCCUUCACAUUUUCUUUGCCCCAUCUCAAUGGAGCUCAUGAGAGAUCCGGUCACCAUCUCAACCGGGAUAACCUACGAUCGGGAAAACAUUGAGAGAUGGUUAUUCUCAUGCAACAACAACAACACCACUUGCCCUGCAACCAAACAAGUCUUAAGCAGCAAAGAAGUUACACCAAAUCAUACUCUACGCCGGUUGAUCCAAGCAUGGUGCACCCUCAACGCUUCCCAUGGUAUUGAACGGAUUCCGACGCCGAAGCCGCCCAUCGACAAAUCCCAGAUCGUCAAACUCCUCAACAAGGCAAAGGAGUUCCCAAACAUGCACCACAAUUGCCUCAGAAGGCUCAGAUCUAUUGCUUUUGAAAGCGAAAGCAACAAGCGAUGUUUGGAGGCAGUUGGAGGAGUUGUUGAGUUCUUGGCUGCCUCAAUCAUGGAUGAAGAUGGCCAUAAUAUUGAAAUAGCCGUUGAAAUCCUUUCUAUUCUUAAAAUCUCGGAAACCCAUCUCAGAAAUCUCAUAAACAACGAUGGUGGUGAAUUUGUGGGGGCCUUAAUGCAGGUUUUGAGGGUUGGAAAUUACCAAUCUAGAGCUUCCACAACCAUGCUAUUGAAGUCCGUGUUUGAAGUUGCUGAUCCUAACCAAAUGAUCACCAUCAAAAGGGACUUCUUCAGGGAGAUUGUUUGUGUUUUACAAGACCAGAUCUCACAGCAGGCAUCCAAGGCGGCAUUGAAGCUUCUUGUGGAGCUUUGUCCUUGGGGAAGAAACCGAAUCAAAGCCGUCGAAGGUGGCGCGGUUCUAGUGGUGAUAGAGCUGCUUAUUGAGACAUUGGAGAGAAGAGUGUGUGAGCUUCUGCUUGUUGUUCUGGAUCAGCUUUGUGGAUGCGCCGAAGGGCGGGCGGAAUUGUCUAAGCACGCUGCGGGGUUGGCGGUUGUGUCGAAGAAAAUACUUAGGGUUUCUCAUAUGGCGACGGAUAGGGCGGUGAGAAUUUUGUCUUCGGUUUGUAGGUUCUCGGCGACUUCUAGGGUUCUUCAGGAAAUGUUGCAAGUGGGUGUUGUGUCCAAGUUGUGUUUGGUGCUUCAAGUUGAUAGUAGUUUGAAAACCAAGGAGAGGGCUAGGGAGAUCCUCAUAUUGCACUCUAGGGUUUGGAAGAAUUCUUCAUGUAUUCCUGCUCAUUUGCUUUCAUCCUAUCCAUCUUCUUGAUAAUAGCUUUUUUGUGUGUAAAUAUAAUCGGAAUUAGGC